AUGUUGCUUCUGGAACUGCGUCUUCGCACCGUGCCACUUGGCUUCGGCGAGGUAUCUUUGAGGACUACACUGUGGGAGCAAAUGGGCACAUCUAGGUGGUCUGGCACGUUUGCCGAUCCCAGCUUCCCAGCCAACGCCGCCACUUUGGGGGAAGUCGUGCAGGAGGUUGUCUGGCUGCGGGCCACACGACGCCUGUGCCAGAGGGCCAUUCAGCUGGUGGCAUCCGACGUGGAUCCGUGCCAGCUGUGCGCAGGCGCAGAGGGCGACGUGUGGCUGCUGGCGGCUCUUGCGAGCCUCAGCGAGCACAGGGGAGCACUCCAGCAGAUCUUCGAAAGCACGGAGGUCAAUGUGCAAGGCAAGUAUGUCGUCAAGCUCUUCGAUGGAAUCGAGGGGCGCUGGCGCAGGAUCAUCGUGGAUGACAGGAUCCCCUGCCACAGAGCCGCCUACGAAAACAGCAAGGAGUUCAAGCCGAUCUGCCUCCAGACGCAGGAGCUGAGCCCCCUCCUCGUCGAGAAGGCCUUCGCCAAGCUGUGUGGCAGCUACGGGCGGCUGCGUGGUUCUUCCACGGCCUGGGCCUUGAGAACGCUCACGGGACAGACCCCAAGGAUCUUCGUCCGCGGCAAAGAUUCCUGGGACAGCCGCGAGAUGGAGGACGAGCUGGAUGCAACUGGCAAGCGCAGCUUCUGCUUGCUGGAAGCAGAUUCCAAUGUCUCCCAUGACGUCUUCUUCGAUGUUCUGCGGAGACACUGUUUGCUGCAGAGCGUGGUCUGUGCGGCCGGCGCUGGCCCGGAGACAGGCCUGAAGGCCAAGCACGCCUACAGCAUUCUCGAGCUCUGCCGAGUCCCAGCAAACAAAAAGUCUGCAGAAGAUUGGCGCUUCGUGAAGAUUCGCGAUGCGUGGCAGAGCAACUGGCAGGGCUCCUGGAGCCGGCACAGCGCCCAAUGGACCGCUGAGCCCGAGGUGCGGCGGCACCUGGACUUCCGCGCGGGGGACGCGAGCGCCUUCUGGAUGUCCUGGGAGGAGUUCUUCCAAACCUGGCGGACCGUCGCUGUGGUGGAAAGACCCGUCGGCGUGGCCGCCCUUCACUUUGAGGUCAUUGGCGACUCGGUGUGUGACCCGGCAGCCGCCUGCCUCCUCGGCUGCGCCUCAUUCUGGGCAGGUGAGGGCUGUCAAAGACUUUACAGCCCCGCACACGGCCUGCAAGGCGAGACCUACUCGCUCCAAGCGUCGCCAUCUUUGACGAUGCUGGGGAAGGACAUUGAGAAGGAAUGA